AUGAGAGGCGCUACCGUCCUCAAGGUCGCCGACGACAAGACGAGACCUCUCAACAAGCACACACUGAUCGCGUACUCUGGCGAGGCGGGUGACACUGUGCAAUUCGCCGACUACAUUCAAGCAAACUCCCAGCUCUACUCGAUGCGUAACGAGACGGACCUCUCACCUUCCGGCCUGGCCAACUUCAUCCGCGGCGAGCUCGCUUCGAGCUUGCGUUCGCGCAAGCCCUACAACGUCAACCUCCUCCUGGGCGGCGUCGACCCCAUCACACAGAAGCCUGCGCUGUACUGGCUGGACUACCUCGCCUCGCUGGCGCCGGUGCCAUAUGCCGCUCACGGCUACGCACAAUACUACUGUCUGUCCAUCCUCGAUAAGCACCACCACCCCGACAUCACACUCGGCCAGGGCAUCAAGAUCUUGAACAUGUGCACGGAUGAGCUCAAGAGACGGUUACCGAUUGACUUCAAGGGCAUGGUGGUCAAGGCCGUCACCAAGGACGGCAUCGUGGACAUAGAAUUCGACGAUGACAAGGUGGUGAAGGCUCCUUGA